AAACGGUUCUGCUGGACUACGAGGAAUCAACAUCUUGAUUGUUAAUUAUCGUGUUGUUAUUAUUAGCCUUUAACUUGUUAUUGACUGUUAAUUCAAUGAUUCGCUUUAACGCAUACGUCAUCAUUAUGCGUCCGUUUGAACGAGACCAAGCGGGAGAAUUUGUCGCAUUGAAUGGGCAGCGAUAGCCUUUUUUUUACCUGAGUAUCAGAAGCAUUCAGGCAUAUUUUUGAAAUGAUUGAUACAAUCGAAAAAGACGACAAUAUCAUAAGCGAGGAAGAGGCAGCCCAGUAUGACCGACAGAUUCGGCUCUGGGGUCUGGAUGCACAAAAAAGGCUGAGGGGUUCUCGAGUGCUGCUCGUUGGACUCAGAGGACUGGGUGCUGAAGUGGCAAAGAACCUUAUUUUAGCUGGAGUGAAAGCACUCACUCUUCUGGACCACGAACAAGUUACUGAGGAAUCGAGACGAGCUCAGUUCCUCAUACCAGUGGACGCAGAUGGUCAGAAUCAGGCCCAGGCUUCUCUGGAACGAGCCCAGUUCCUCAAUCCAAUGGUAGAAGUAAAGGCUGACACAGAUCAAGUAGAAAGCAAGCCAGAUGACUUCUUUCUUCAGUUUGAUGCAGUGUGUCUGACAAGAUGCUCUAGAGACCUGAUGGUGCGUGUGGACCAGCUUUGUGUAGCCAGAAGCAUUAAAGUCUUCUGUGGUGAUGUCUUCGGUUACCAUGGAUACAUGUUCUCUGACCUGGGCUUGGAGUAUCAUUAUGUGGAAGAAAAGCCAAAGGUUGUGAAGUCAUCAGAAAAGGCUAAUGAUGGCCCUGAAGUGAAGAAACCUAAAAUUGAUCCGAAUGAGACUACCAUGGUGAAGAAGACAGCAAGUUUCUGCUCUCUGAAAGAGUCUCUAGAGGUUGACUGGACGACUGAGGAGGCCAAACGCAAUCUCAAGCGCACAACACCAGAUUACUUCUUACUACAAGUAUUACUGAAAUUCCGCACAGAUAAAGGUCGGGACCCUCAUCCAGGUAGCUUUGCUGAGGACUCUCAGCUGCUCCUGCAGAUCAGAGAUGAUCUCCUAGAGGCUAUUGGGGUGAAUCCGGAGCUGCUGCCUGACAACUUUGUCAGCUACUGUUUCUCUGAGAUGGCUCCAGUGUGUGCUGUGGUGGGAGGAGUUCUUGGUCAGGAAAUAGUCAAGGCGCUGUCCCAGAGAGAUGCCCCGCACAGGAACUUCUUCUUUUUUGAUGGCCUGAAGGGUAACGGCAUAGUGGAGUACUUUGGAGGAAAAUGAUCGUCUAGAAGAUCAAGGACAUGUGGACAAAAUGUAGGCACUCAAAACAUCAUGGAAAGACCUCUUGCGUGCUGAAAAAAUAAAUGUUUUGAACAAUAAGCACUCCUUUUUAAGGAGCUCAGGCAAUGUUAUUAUUCUUUGUGAGUUUAUACUCUCUGUAGGAAUACACACAUGUUUUUCUCCCUGAAAUUAGGACAAGUUAGUGAAGUUCCAAGGCAAAUGCUGUUAUUUCCCAUUUUGUAUUGAAAAGACUCAAAUAAAUACAUUUCUUUUGGAAUA